GAAUUUGUGAUUUUCGCGCUGGAGGAGUGACCCGCAAGCAAUGCGAUUUUAAAUUGCACGCGAUUCGAUUGCUGCCUAUCAGAUUGUCGCGAAAUCAGAUCGUUUUCGAAAGGCACUUCAAGUGCCUCAACCUUAUGUGACACUCACUAUUCACUGUCGUGAUUCCAUAGACUCAACACUUAAAAGUGUCUUCAUUGUGAAAUUUAUUCGAACUUGGCCAGAAUGCAGUUCCUAAAUAUGAUUUGCCUGAAGCAAAAAGUUGCAUACUUCAACAACAACAACAGCAACAACAACAACAAAUACAACACCAACAACAAUUGUGACAACAAAUCAUUGCAACAAACAUCGGAAAGUCGAGUCUGCUGCUUCGGAAGAAAGCAACAGGAGGAGCAACAGCAACAGGAUCAACAACAAGAGGAGCGAAACAAGGAGCAUUCAAACUCAAACAGUUAUAACGUGCAACAGAGGGCAAGUGCCAACAGUGAAGAGUGUCCAACUAAAUCCGUAUACAGGCAACAGAACACCGAGUUCUCCAGCAACAACAACAACAAUCAGCAAGAGGAGCAACUGCAGCAGCAGCAGCAACAGCAGGAGAAACCAUCCAGAGGUGUUGUCAUUUCCAGACAACCAAGGCGACAAACACAACGUUCACAGAGCCAGCCGGCAAUCUUGCAGCAGCAACAGCAAUCGCAACCGCUAAGGAAACGUCCAGGAACUCCGCCGCCACACGCCGCCGUCAGAAGCAUGACGUCCAUACCUGCAAACUUGUCCAGCAAUAAUGUGGCAGCAGCAGGAGCAGCAGCAGCAGCAGCAGCAGCUGGUGCUGCCAUCGCCGCAGAGAAGCAGCCGUGGCCCAAUUCCAAGGAUGAUUACGAGCUAAGGGAUGUGAUCGGUGUGGGUGCCACUGCGGUGGUGCAUGGUGCAUAUUGUAUACCCAAGAAUGAGAAGUGUGCCAUUAAGCGCAUCAAUCUGGAGAAGUGGAACACCUCGAUGGAUGAGCUGCUCAAGGAGAUCCAGGCCAUGUCAUCGUGUAAUCAUGAGAAUGUCGUCACAUAUCAUACAUCGUUUGUGGUGCGCGAGGAACUCUGGCUUGUCCUGCGUCUGCUGGAAGGUGGAUCUCUGCUGGACAUUAUCAAGCACAAGAUGCGCACCGCCAACUGCAAGCAGGGCGUCUUUGAUGAGGCCACCAUUGCCACGGUGCUGAAGGAGGUGCUCAAGGGCUUGGAGUAUUUCCACUCCAACGGGCAGAUCCAUCGUGAUAUCAAGGCGGGCAAUAUACUCAUCGGCGAUGAUGGCACCAUACAGAUUGCGGACUUUGGUGUCAGCGCCUGGCUGGCCACCGGCAGAGAUCUGUCCCGGCAAAAGGUGCGUCACACAUUUGUGGGUACGCCUUGCUGGAUGGCACCGGAGGUGAUGGAACAAGAUCAUGGCUAUGACUUCAAGGCGGACAUUUGGUCGUUUGGCAUUACGGCCAUUGAAAUGGCAACGGGCACGGCGCCAUAUCACAAGUAUCCGCCCAUGAAGGUGCUCAUGCUGACGCUGCAGAAUGAGCCGCCCACACUGGACACCGGUGCCGAGGAUAAGGAUCAGUACAAGGCCUAUGGCAAGACAUUCCGCAAAAUGAUCGUCGAGUGCCUGCAAAAGGAGCCCUCGAAGCGUCCAACUGCCAGUGAGCUGCUGAAGCAUGCGUUCUUCAAGAAGGCCAAGGAUCGCAAGUAUCUAACCCAGACACUGCUGCAGUCCGGCCCCAGCAUGGAGACGCGUGUCCACAAGGCGGCCAAACGUCAGCCGGGUGCAUCGGGUCGACUGCAUCGCACCGUCACCGGUGAAUGGGUCUGGUCCAGCGAGGAGGAGGACAAUGUGAGCGGCAGUGGUGGACGCAAGCAGCCAUCCUCCGACUCUGAAUCGGAGGAUCGUCCAAUCAAUCGACUCGAACGCGCCGAUUCAUCGGACAGCGAUCGUGAGGAGACAACACCCGAGAUUACCCGCAGCUUGUCCUCGGCGACAGUGACACCGGGCGUGGCAACUGCCCCACCACCACCCACUGGCACUGCCGCCCAGGAACUGUCCGCCGGCAUUGCCCAAAUGCCGUUGCCAAGUGAAUCCGCUGCUGGCGAGGCACCACCGGUUAAUCUAGUGCUGCGCAUGCGUAAUCUGCGCCGGGAACUGCACGACAUACGCUUCGAGUUUGCUGUGGGCAAGGAUACGGCCGAGGGCAUUGCCACGGAGCUGGUGGAUGCGGGUCUUGUGGAUGCACUGGACACACAGCCCAUGGCCAUACAUCUCGACCAGCUGAUCGCCCAGUGCGACACCAUGAAGACAAUAACGUUCCAGCUCAGUUCCGGAGUGCAGCCUGGCGAGACGCCGGAUGAGCGUUCCCUUGUCGGUUACGCGCAAAUAUCCAUUACGGACUAGGAUACGGAGUUGGCCUAGUGCCAAAGCUCUUCACAGCCGUUCAGUCUCCUACCCCAUACGUAACGCAACGUAACGUAACGUGACGUGACGUGACGUAACGCCUGCGCCGCUUUUAGCAAUAGACUAGAACUAGAAAUGUAAUUGCUAGUUAUUAGAUCUAAAACGCAAGCAUAGAAAUUACAUAUAUGUCUAUGUAUAUAUAUGUGCAAAUGUACAUACAUAUAUGUACAUAAAUACAUACAUGCAUACAUACAUACCUAAUGCAUACACUUAUCUGUAUUGUAUCUCUUUGCGCAUUGUAAUUACUUCAUACGCCCCGCAGUCCUACCUCCCUGCCGUAGUUAGUCGCAGCUCCCUCUGCUAAAAUUAGUAGCUAAACCUAAUCGAUUUAUCGAAAUUGUGUACUUAUUAUUCGUUUUGUUUUUCAUUGUCUUAAGUAGCGCACUUCGCUCUGUAUAUAUAGUAUAUAUAUAUAUAUAUAUAUUUUGAUAACUAGCCACUCUCUUUAAAGUACCAUUCAAGACCCCAUUUGAAUCGGUUGCGUCUUUUUGGCUUCCCCCCACCCCCCAAUUAAUUUAUUCUUUAGCGAUCUAAACGUGUUAAUUUUAAUGAUUAGCUUCUAAGUUCAAGUAUUUGUUUUCUUUUAUGCUCGCAAAAAUUUCACUUUAGCCCAUAAAUUUUAAGCAAAUUUAUUCAAUUGCGAAUUGUCACGAAAUUAAAGCAGCUUAAUUGUCACCAAUUAUUUUUUUUGUAAUAUUUACUGUUGCCACAUUAAGCGAAAAAA